AUGGCCCUAGCUGCCUUGGCAUUGGCAAGACGCGGCUCCACGCUGUUCCUGAGAGCCCCGCUUAAUUUGCAGUUCCCUUGUGUUGAGGGCCACAUGCAACCACUAAACAACUUGGUCGAGAUCGAGAUCGCGUCCUCGAUUGGCAUUCGAGCCACACACCUCAGAGCUCUUAUCAGCCCGCUCUCUCUUCACCGAUUCUUCCUGUCAGAUAAACACUCCCGGGCGCCGAGAUCCUCGUUCCACCUGCGUUGCGAGACGACCGCUGGUCGCGCGGUGCCGACGAUGACAACGGCGACGAUGACCUCGACACCGUCCAUCGCUUCACAAGCCCGUCACCACAACCCCUCCAUCCUUGCUCGGCAACCAGGCGAGGCAGAUCCACGUUCCGACGUUUCGAUGUUCGCCAAAAAGAUCGUCAAGCGGCAUCAUAAUCCAUCGCAACGAACUCGAGCGGUCCGCUCUACGCGCUUCUGGACCCAUGUUUCACAUCCGGCCCGUCGGCGGCGGAACCUCAACGAUGCAGAAUAUCCUACAAUGAAGCUUUUGAGGGUCCCGGCGCCGUACCAGACAAGGGCGCCUGGGGAAGUUGACAAGGACAGCAAUUCUCGCCGUAAUACGCUUUCCGAUUGGCUCAUGAUCGAAGUGUCGGAGAUGAAGGUGUUCAUAUUAGCAGCAGUCAUCAAGUCCUGUCAGCAUUGGACGGACAAGCGCAACGGACCCUCCUGUCCGAAUGUUCUGAACCCGCAACAUGCUGUCAUUGGCUUGGCUGUUAAUGACCUGGCCAAGUUUGUGAGCUUGACACUGAUAUAUUAA